CAGUCUUAGUCACAUUGUUUAAACUACCCAGACUAGCAGACUGGUCAGAGACAUUUAACACUACAGAAUAAAGCCCAAUCAGUUUAAAACAUGAGUAACAGUUCUCUUCUUGUGAAUGUGGAAGACUGGAUAGCAGAGAACCAGAAUGCUUUUGUGCCACCAGUGUGCAAUAAGCUGAUGCACUUUUUCCAGUUGAAUGUCAUGUUUGUUGGAGGUCCAAACACCAGGAAGGAUUAUCAUAUUGAGGAAGGGGAGGAGUUGUUCUACCAGCUGAAGGGAGACAUGUGUCUGAAGGUGAUUGAAAAUGGCAAACACAAAGAUGUGCACAUCAGAGAGGGAGAGAUGUUCCUGCUGCCAGCUCGGAUCCCCCACUCCCCACAGAGGCAGGCCAACACAGUGGGACUGGUGGUCGAGAGGAGACGGCUGCUGACUGAGACCGACUGCUUGAGGUACUAUGUGGACAACACUAUUGAUAUCCUGUUUGAGAAAUGGUUCUACUGUGAGAAUCUAGGAACCCAACUGGUGCCAAUAAUCAAAGAGUUCAUGGCAUCAAAGCAGUGCAAAACAGGGAAACCUGACCCAAAUGACGUCUUCAGAGAGCCUCCGUUCCAGAUGAACACCAUGAACAUGAUGUCUCCCUUCUCCUUCAAAGACUGGCUGGAUAAACAGAGGCCUUCUCUGGCCAGUGGCAGGCCCGUCGACAUGUUCGGAGCUCAGUUUGAGACAGAGGCGAUGGUGUUUGGCCCUGGGCUCACAGAGACAACAACACCACAAAGUGAUGUGUGGAUUUGGCAGCUGGAGGGAUCCUCAAGAGUAACGAUGAAUGAGCAGGAGUUCACUCUUUCUGCAGGAGACAGUUUACUGAUUCCUGAACAGAGCCAGUACCAGUGGCAGAGAGAUGAGAGGACUGUCGCCCUGUUUGUGGUUCAAAACCCUGAGAGGAAGAGACCAUGACCAGGACCUGCCUAUUGACCUGCCCCCAACCUGACAUGUAGGCUACUACAGUAUCAGUCAAUGAGCGGCAUUGAAAAGUAGAUUGUGUAUCAUCACAUACAAUAAUAUAAAUCAUGACCUCAUACAGGCUAUAAGCUUCUGUUAUUUGUUAAUGAAAGUGGACUUUGACUCAUUUCAGUAUUAAUGGGCACAAGAAGUUAUUGAAACUGAAACUGUAAAUUGCACUUUGUUGUAGUUACAUACACCAGACCAGUGGUGUACAUUAAUUAUAUCAAUACAUUUUAUGUUAACAUCUUUAUUGUUGAGAGAAAAUGAAGACAUAAAUGUGGAUAGAA